AUGGUAAUAGCUGCACUUCUUACGGCUCCAGCGACAGGUGGUACUUCAGUUGUAGCCGUAACUGGUCUCGGUUUUACAACAGGUACAGCAGGAGCUGCCGUAAAUGUCACAACUGAUAUAGCUGAUAUUAUAAAAACAAACAAAGAAAAUAGUGAAAUCAUGAUUAUCUGCAGAGGAAGAAAUAAUGUAGCUGAACGUUUGAAAAAACAUUUUGACGAGCUUGAACGAGUAGCAAUUGAAUUAAAACAGCUGAAUGUCGAAGAAACAGAAGCUUACGCUUUAUCAUUGCUUAACUUGGUUAAAAAAGGUAAUAGCGUCAGAACAUCUGCUUCAAAUAUACAACGGCUAAGCAAAUGUGCAAACCUGGCAAGUGGAGCUUCUAACGUGCUUUUACGUGGAGGAGCAAAUUUUGGAAAACCAUGA